AUUUNUCUACAGAUAUGCUCACCAGUGGCCGGUCUGACCAAUUUAGGCAAUACAUGUUAUAUGAAUUCUGUACUCCAAGCCCUUUACGCCACGCGACAGCUCAGAGAUUAUAUCACUAAUGGCUACGAGUCUUCGGGAGGAACACUCUAUUCGGGUUUGUCCCGACUUUUUAAAGAAAUGGCUGCAAAUGUUAGGACGGGUUCUGUGAAUCCCACAUCGUUUAGAUCAAUGUUUAUUCAAUAUCAGCCCAAGUUUAGAGGAUACGAUCAACACGACGCUCAAGAGUUCUUGAGAUAUCUUAUCAAUGGAUUACACGAUGAGGUGAACAAAGCAAAGAGGAGACCAAAGGCUAAACUAAUUGAACCAAAUACAUCACAAGAGGCGUGGAAUCAAUACAAAAUAGUUAUCGACGACUCGCGACUGAUUGACUUAUUUGUUGGUCAGUUCUCAUCAGUGAUUAAGUGUACGGAAUGUAAUAACACCAGUAGUUGUUGGGAUCCAUUCUGGGAUCUGUCACUACCGCUGCCCAGAGACAGUUCUGUUCGCGCUGUAAACGCCAUCGACGGUCAACAAAGAGAUUUGAAAAAAUUUGCAAACGACGGCUUUAAGCUCUCGAGUCAAGACAUUAGUGUAAACGGAAAUAUAACGAUCGACGGCAAGACAUACAAUCUGUACGCGUGUGUCUGUCAUCACGGAUACUCAUCACGUAGUGGUCAUUACACCGCUUACUGUCAAUACGAUAGCAAAUGGUUUCAUUUCAAUGACGAAAGAGUGAAGGACGUGACCGACAGUUUCAAUGCCUCCCAACUAAAGGACGCAUACGUUCUCUUCUACCGUCAAUCCAAUGAUUCGCUUAACUACUCCUCAAGACUUUAAGCACUGGUCACACAAUACACACACAAAACCUCUCAUGAUAUCAAAUACUAAAUACUAAUAUAAUAAUGAAAUGAUGACAUAAUUUACAACAAUUGCAACGAAUACUAAUAAAAGUAAUGUUUUAAAGUGACUUCAAUUUUACAGACGUUCCACAAUAUAAUUACAGAUAAUUAUGAAAACACUGUUUAUUUUAAUUAACAAAAUCAUCGCUAUUUUUGGCAAAAGUUAUUGAUUUUCAAGUAUUUUAAAAACAUUUUAAAUUAACAUUUAGGCAAUUAUUUAAUGAAAUUUCAAAUCAAUUUCCGUGUCAUUAUUUGGAUUAACUUUUAUGUUAUAUUAACGUAAU